AUGAACCGGCUCUGCCUCUCCAUCGCCCUUCUCGUCCUCCUGGGCACCCUGGUGGCCUGCACCCUAGGGGAUAAACACAAGAGCCAUGCCAGAGCUUCUCGGCCUGCCUUCUGCCUGGAGCCUCAUUACACGGGUCCCUGCAGGGCCCGGAAGAUCAGGUACUUCUACAACGCCAAGUCCGGGCACUGUGACCUCUUUGUAUAUGGCGGCUGCCUUGGGAAGAAGAACAACUUCCUGACUGCAGAGAACUGCAUGAAGAUCUGCGGUGGUCAUGCGGGGAUCCGAGGGUAAGAUAGGAGGCGGGGCAGAGUGGGAGGGGAAGGGCUGGGGAAAGAGAUGGCGCUCAGGGGGCCAUGCACCAUUCACACCUGCACAGUAUCUUUCCUCCUCGCUGCCUCCCAGGAGAAGUGGCUGCAAUGUCCUGUGAAACCGCACACUGAGCACAUCUUCCAUGGGUCAGCUUGGCAGAAGCUCAC